CACAAGACUCAGAGGAAUACUCAUCUCAAGACAUGUGGCGGACAUUAAUCAUCGCACUGAUGGCGAGUGGAUCAGCUCGGGUGACACUGGCAUCACUUGACAGCCAAGUAUACCCGCGUCAGAACGUGAUCGAAGCGCAGGACACCGGCGGCCAAUCAGCGCGUCGUUACUGUGUCUUAGACUACACGUCGGGCACCAACUCCUCUAUAACCACACAUCAACUUCGGGACCGAUUCCUACCCUUCGAGACCUACACCGACGACACGUGCGGACACACAUACGCCUACCCCUGGUCUCCGCCUAACAACACGUUUGUUAUCAUCAAAUUCACCACCGAUUGCAACAUCACUACACAAAUCAAUCACUUCGCGGGCAAACGAUUGGCCGGUCUAUUGGUGUCCGUCGGCUGCGGUGUAGACAUUGGCAAAGAGAUUAUCGUAACGGAGCGGACACUACUGGCCACACCGUUCAGUGUAGGCGUGUUUACCGAUACGAGUGAGCACUCGAUCGAGCGGCUCAAGUGGUCGACCAUUAAAUUGUUUAACCCGUGGUCUGAUCCGAGCCGAUUCACGUUCGACUACUCGGUGCUGUGUCUGUGGUUUUUGGCCACAUUUACCGUGUGUUUGGGCGCCUUUUGGUCGGGCGUUGUUCGCCAUCACAUCUAUCGCUUGAAUCGCCAAAAGUCCGCCAAACCCGUCGCCGACAAACACCAAUCGCCGGCCUCUUCGGGCUCUACCACUGCCUCCGCCACCGCCGAAGAGGAGGCGUACGUCAACGUCUCGGCGGUACUAAUACUGGGGUUCGUGGGCCUGAUGUCGGUGAUGCUACUCCUGCUGUACUUCUUCUACUCAUACCUCAUAUACGUGAUUAUCUUCUUGUUCGCGAUGGCGGCCACCGCUUCACUCUUUGCCUGCGCCGAACUCGUGGUUCUGUGGGCACUGCCCGCCCGCUGGACAGCCCCGGCGUUCACCUGUUUCACCCCCCGGUGCGGCCAAAUGGCGUAUUACCAGACGGUGCUGUUGGCCGCGGCGGUGGCCGUCUCUGUCACGUGGUUUGUUGUCCGCCGCGAUCCGUACGCGUGGAUACUGCAGGACCUGUUGGGCGUGUGUUUCAGUCUGAAUAUGUUGCGCACAAUACGGCUGCCAUCGUAUAAGAUAUGCGUUGUCCUACUGUCGGCCCUAUUCUUCUACGAUAUAUUCUUUGUGUUCAUCACGCCAUGGAUUACAGGCAAUAAGACAUCUGUGAUGGAAGACGUGGCCACCGGCGGCUCGUCGGGCAAAUCGCGGUGCGGAUCGCCGCCGGAGGUGAUCCCAAUGGUGAUGCGUAUACCGCACUGGGUAUUUAAGACGCGUACGCCUACCGGCGCCGACUCGCCCAACCCGUUGGUGGUCUGCCGGCCGGACGCCGACUCACUGCUGGGCUUUGGCGACAUUCUAGUGCCCGGAUUACUCAUGUCCUACUGUCACGCGUUUGAUCUGAUCUUUGCCGUGAAGUACCGCCUGUAUUACGUGACCACUUGCGUCGGCUACGGCUUGGGACUCAUCGCCACUUAUGCCGGUCUGUACCUAAUGGAAGGUAUGGCACAGCCGGCGCUCCUAUAUCUGGUGCCGUUCACACUAACGCCGCCGUUAGUGAUAGCGCUGUAUCGCCGAGAGUUUGCCCAGUUUUGGUCGGGGCCUGAGUUGAGUCGCUCGUCCCCAUCGCCGGCCGCUAACGGCUCACCAAAGGCUAAUAAUAAGCGGCGGGACAGCGAGUCGGGCGCAACGGCCACCACCGGUGCGGCCGUUGAAGACAAUAAUCUGCUGAUUGGUAGUGCGGAGGCGGGCGCCCAAAACCCGACUCACUGA